CACCUCUGGUGGCAUAGAAAAUAGCGAAUAAAACCUAACCCCACGACCUUCUUUCCAGAGAUGCAUCCCAGAAUUCGAGAACGCGGCCUUCAACGUGCCCAUGGAGGCCACGAACACUUGCGGGGACAGCGGCCCCAUCGAAUACUGCAUCCAGACGGGGGCCGGUAUCAGGAAGUCGUGCGAGACCUGUCAUCCAGGCACUCAUGAUGCCAGGUACCUCACCGACCUCCACAACAACGACAAUCCUACCUGGUGGCAAUCGGAGAGACUAUACAAAGCGUUCGACAUUACGUACGUGAGGCUGAUAUUCUACUCUCCAAGACCUGAAAGUUUUUUCAUCUCUAAGAAGACUGCUGCUGAUGGACCAUGGAUACCAUAUCAGUACUACAGGUAG